GGAGAAAAAAGAACUCCCCCCAGACUGAGCUCCAACAGGGGGAUCAGUUUGAGAACAGAAAAAAAACACCUCAGCACAUGAAUCAUCACAUCUCACAACAUAGAAGACAUAAGCUUCGAAGGCAUUUGGAGGGGAUGGGGGAGUGAGUUAAGGUCUGUGUCAGUGUACAUGCAUAUGUGUGUGUGUGUGUGUGUGUGUGUGUGUGUGUGUGUGUGUGUGUGUGUGUGUGUGUGUGUUUUGUGUUCAACCGAGAGAAAGUGUCCCUUCACCCGGUUAAGCACAAGUCAACAAUCUCCGAUCAACGCGGAUGGCCUUGAAGGAGGAACAAAGAGUUCUGACAACAAUCCUGUUAUCAUGGAGAAUUUUGUUGUUCCAGCCAGCUUCGACCUUGGCAGGCCUUCAGCUGGUGCCAGUGGGAUAGCCGCAUGAGUGAAGAUGGUGAAUGUUUGGGUUUAGUGCAAACAACUGCAUCCAAUUUUUACAGUUGGACUAAUGUCCAUCACUGGUCACCAAGUCUCUCAAUUCCCGUUGUUCUUCUCCAAGAUCUUAUCCAUAUUGCUUUCAAAACACAGUCUGAGUGCUCACAGCCCUGCCAAUCGUCUAUUAUGUCAGCCAGCCUUAUGAGAUUUUGAACAGCUGUAGCCGCUUCUUGUUCUAAGCCAGGUCCGAGCCAGCUCCAGUCAGCCAGAACUCUGUUAUCGUGGUUCCGAAUUGGUAGAUGUCGUUCGAAGUCUUCCAUCGAGAGUGUCGCCAGACACACGAUGCAACCGAGCAUCGAGUACCCGGCAGCAAACGUCUCCGCAGGACAAUCGGGCUCUCCCAAGCCCAGGAGGGUGUCAAUUCAUUAUGAGACCACUUGAUCAAAUCCAUAAUUCUUCUUUAGGUUUUAGAGAACAAGACUGAGAAACUCUUUGAGGGUUAGAGAAUAAGCGAGACUAUACAAAAGACAUGAGAAGCCAAGCAAGAUAAAGAUAAGGGAGAGGGAGACGGAGAAAAGUGCGACCGCCUCCAUCAAGAGCCAAGAGAGAAAAAAGUAAUCUUUGUAAUCUUUAUACUACAGAAAAAACAGUCUAGACUAGAGCAUGUCAUUAUAGCAAACCUACAGCUCACUAAAAGGUCAAAGUUCUCACUGCCAGAGUUUAGGUUUGUCAUCACCCUUACCUUCUGCCCACUGUCUAUCCUCUUUACUAUCCUAAAAUCCCCAAAUAAUUCUCAAAAAAAAGCAUCUCUAUGAAUGAAUAUCUGCAUAUAUGGUGGAAUCAAAGGGAAAUGGCCAAGAAUUUUAGUUCCCUAAGUUUUCUGAUUCCACUUGUAGUCUUUCAAUUUGCAUUCUUGCAAAAAGAAAAGUGUAUUAUGAGUGUGAAUGUUUUCACCAGAAGCAAAUCUCAAAACCACUUGUGUCAUCUGAUAGUAAUUUAGGUUUUUAUUAGCUCUUUCAUAUUUAUCUCCAUUACUAAGCAAACAGGACGUCUAGAACCUAGAUGCCCUGAAAAACGCCGCUGCUGCCAUGAGUAGGCAGACUAGCUGAUGGGCUUCCUGACUGCUCGAUUAUAAACACAGAUGAGUUUUGGAGCUCUUUGAGAUUAGAUUCGAUUGAUGCUCCACUGCAGAAUAAAGUGCAAAACUUUGAUGUGCUUUCUGUGAUGCAUUUUCUUGAUCUGUUUAUAGGUAAUGAAAUUUACCAUUACUGAAAUAGGUUUAGGAGAUGGUUCAUGCACUGGGUCACUUUUCCAAUGAACUUUAAAGUCCCCUGACACGAUUCUGCUCCUAAUAGGCCAUGUCACACUGACUCCCUGACUUCAGCAUCUCUACUAAAUUCGAAGAUGUCAAUUUGGUGAAUGUGGAGGUAUCAUAUUAUCCCAUUUUGUGCACGGGGGAUGAAUUCUGGAUUAAUUUUCCUACAGAUAAUGCCCAGAUCAGUCCCAGAAGUGUCACGUUUAAAAAAACUCAUUCAUGGCAGCAGCCAAAGUGAUGGCAAUUAAUUCCGACUUUAGGAGCGUAGGCCUGCUUUCUUCCACGUUCGUCAAUACCAAAUGUUUCCACAUCUCAGGAUAGUUUUUGUCAGCUCCGUAAAUGAGGUAUUAAAAUUCUUCUUUGCUUUCCGUGACUGUCUAUCCAGCACAAAAAAGACUGUUCUUUAGAAAUAACUGAUGGUGACGUCUCAGCUACGCCUCCAGAUUCAGCAGCCAAGAUUCCUACUUCGGUGUAGAGCUGAGCACAGCAGUAGAGUCAUUAGAAGAGUCAGAGAGAGAUGAUUUCAGAUCAGUCUGUCACCAACCUCUGGGCUGUCAACCGGGCAUGGAGUUAAUGGGAACAUUAUUAAAUCAGCUAGAAAAACAGGUGCCAGAUUUUUCCACAAAUCAAGCAGCAAUUCAAACCUUUGUUUUCCUGUGCUCCUUCACUUUUGCCUGUUCACUCCAUUUCCAUUUUCUCUUUGUAAGAAUCAGUGUAACUAUACAGUAAAUUCAUUAUUCAGUAUGCACUAGACGAAAACCUUUUACUACAACUUGAAACAGACUGCCAAAAACAUAUUAAUUUAUCUUGAAAACACUGAAAUAGAAAGAAACUGGCAGCUUUCUUAACAGUUCAGUUCAUUAGUUAUUUAUAUGGCACCAAUUCACAACAAUAGUCAAGUCAGGGCUUUUUAAAGGGUAAGCUUAAGCCCUAUUUUAUAGAUAGAAACCCAGCAAUCCAAUAAUCCCCUAUAAGAAGCACCUAGAUCAAAAUACAUAAAACUACACUGAAAAAUGAAAUAGUCCUGAUUAAAUUUGUCCUUGUAUAACUUUUUUCUUUUUUAGCCAAAGUAGCUUCUCAAGCAAUGAAAAUGUGAUCCUUUCAGACAUUUAGCCCACAACCUUCAGACAUUCAUGUUUCCCAGAGGGUGAACCCUAACGAGUGCUGUAAUCCUAAAACAUUUUCCCUAAAGCGUGAGGUUGACAUUUGCCAUGAAUAGAAAGGUCAACUUUCUAAUGGAUAACCAUGACAUCUGGUGCAGGCAUUCAUGUUCCCUGAGGGUGAACCCUAAUGAUUUUGGUUAUUAAUGAUUUCCCAAUCGCACCAUUAUAGGUUUCAGGUUUGAAGAGAAAUGCCUCAGCAACUGUUAAGUGACUUGCUAUGAUAUCUGCUUCAGACAUUCAUGUUCCCCAGAGGAUAAAUUUGAGUGACUAUUGUUUUGUCUGAUUUUGUUUUACUUGAUAACCAUAAAAUGUUAUAUCUAUUCAUGUCCCUUUCCGGAUUAGGGUUGUUUUGUUAAUUUGAGAAUAAACAUCCAAAUUUUAGGAUAAUUUAGUUUUGAUUACAUGUAUAAAAACAUUUUUACUACAGACAGUAAAAAUAGUGGAUGUAGCGUAAAAACCAGGAAGUCAUUAGCAAAGGUGAGGGUAGAAUCCUUGAUUUUUCAGUCAGAUUCACCCCAGAUUCACAUUGUGCAUCCAUUCAAAUAUAGUUUCACUAUAGCAUGUAUCCCAAUCUACAAUUGCGUCGCUACCCCUUUAUGGCAAGCAGUGAUAUUCUCUGAUUCCAUUGUUAGUCGCUUCAGUCACUCACUUCAUAGUUGAGUUCUUAGGGCUUGCCCACUUUGUGCUAUUCAGCUAAAUUUUAGGGUCUCUUAGUAGGCUACCUAAUUAACGAAAUUUUUAGCUCAUCCAGCCAAAUGGCUGAUGAGCUCUUAUGAUGUUGAGGCAUCAUUUCUCCGUCCACAAUUCACAAAACAUUACUUCUCCCACAGGAUUGGUAAGAAUUUCACACUUAAACACAAUGAUCAUCUAAUGGGUCUUCAAAGUCGCAUUUGCUACUUUCAUGGGCACUUUCUCAUGUUCCAGGUAAAUGCUACUUCUUAUACAUUAUUGGUCAGACUUUAGUGAAACAAGAUGAAUUUGUACCAGAUUUGACUGUGUGGGUGCUUCCUUGACUUCUCAGUGGAUUUUAAUUCCUAUUCGUUUGUGCAAUACUGCCAACCCAUGACAACAAAAUCCAUCACUUUCUUUCUGUACAUCACAGAUUACAUUAACCUGUGACUUGAGUUGGACUGUGAGUCAGACAUUUCUGGUAUUUUUAGCCUGAGCAUGUCAGCAUGCUCACAUUAGUGUUACCUUUAAGCUCCAAAUGUGACUGUUGUAGACUGGUAGCUCAUUUACAAUUUUGAAAACGUAUCUGUAUGAGGGUUUUUGACUUCACUAUAUGCAAGCUGAAAUGAUUAUCCCUUAAUUUAUAGCUGAUUAUUCUAUUCAGCUCCCUGAUGCAUCACUAUUUACUGUUAUCUUUGCUUUACCUCUUUCUGUGUCUUGUUAUUCCCCCCUUUUCGUGCAGGAAGUUUGACACUAAUGCCGUUUGGCGUACACUGCAAGGCUGCACAGAGGCUGGUUGUUGCUUACGAAGCUACACGAAACCAGACACACAUAUAAAAUAUGCGAGUACCUUUUUAUUCCGUAGCAACUUGAAAAGUCACCAAAAUGGGAUUGUUCAACUUAAUUGUUAAGUGCACUGAUGAAAAAGUCAUGUUCUUUGGUAAAAGGGUUCACUGCUGCAGCCCAAGAAUCUCUGACCUCCAGACAGUUUGUUUGCUAGAAUAAAGCAGCAGGCACAGCUCGGGUUUUUUGGGUCGUAGACCUUCUGAGAUGAACGGGUCCUUUGAAGCUUUUAGUUGCCAGGUGACAGGGGUAAAAAAAUGUUAUGCUGUGACAGACCUCACGAGUUAGACUUCAGCGAGGACUUCAUAACCAACCUAAUUGUUUUCAUUUUUUCCGACUAACGAGGACUCAGCCAAGACUGGGCAGCACGAGUUUUAGAAGAUGAUUCUCUGUUCUUCUUUUUGGAUUCAUCACAUUUAUUUUGCCGAAAAACUUUUCAUGCACAAAGCUUUGAAAGGAAUCACUAUGAUAAGCAGAGUUUGUUUCAAGGUGGAAGAAAGUGGCGGAUGGUGUUGUUUAAACCCCCGCUGAACUAUUUCUUUUUCUCUGAUCAGUGGAUCAGUGUGGAACUACAAACACACAGAAACCUACAAAAGAAGGCAUUUGUCAUGUGUGUCGCUGCCUCUGGCAUACCUAACAUGUAAUGGAGCGCGCACACCUAAUUGUUAUUUUGUUUACUCUAGGAAGGGGAGAUCAGGACUCAGACUCAGUCAAACAUGCUUAUAUCAGCGUCGUGAGAGUUUCUUAACCAGAGAUGUGUGUCUAUUACUUCCACUAAGUCCUGAAGAAAAUAUUUUUUAUGCUUAUGCAAAAGUUACCAGAUGCUGCCAGCGUGUGAUUUAAAAUACUGUUGAACAGGAUGCUAUUUUUCAUUUGGAGAAGCAUGUAUUCCUUUCUUCUCUCUAUAUUCAUUUUGUUGACUUCGUGUAAAUAAUUAAGCAGGAGUAGCAUUGCAGACUGGAUACAUUCAUAAUUCAGGCAUUUCAUGUUCUGCACGCAUUCGCGUUUGUUGCUUGCAUCAGUCACAACGCAUGUGCUCAUCCUUAAUUCCUACUUCAAAAAGUUGCUCCAGUCUUUCAAAUUCAGCCUCGCAGACAGGGUCACAGGGACAGAGCGCAGAGUAGGGGUUAUGGGGAAUGACAGAACUAGGAGGGGUAAAUAUCAGAGCAAGACACACUGUUCCUGAGGUUUGUGGUCCUGCUGCUUCGAGGCCCCCACGUCUCCUCAGCUCCUGUCAGCUCAUCAAGGCCAAGUCGCUGCCUAUUCCCGCUGGAAUACCGCAUCAAACAGCCCGGGGAGCCUUUUAUCCCAAACAGAAUGCCGCCUCUUGUCACAGCGGAGUCUCUGCAACAAGGCGUACACGGAUGGCGAAGUUUAACACGGUGGAGUGAAAGUCAAUACCCUGCUGAGGUGGCGUAGCUCAGACACGAGAGGGGGAAAUGGUGAAAAGGUCACCGGGAAAAUAGGAUCUGGAAAGAGGCAGCUUAUCUGAGACAAUAGCACGAGAAGCAGGAAGCCAGAUGAAGCCAGGCAGGCAGGCACUUAAUGUCACGGUUCACUCUUUCAACCCCGUGCCAGUUCUGAUGCCUCACAAUUAAGGCCAAACAUCUUAUUUUUGUCUUUUCUACCAAUUACUGUAAAGGUUACCGCAUCUUGGCUUGCGUACACAAAUCCUCCUUCACAUGUGUGUGUCUCUCUCUCUCUACAAAGACACAAUGACUUCCCCGUCUAAUUUCCCUUUGUUUCGACCUGUAGCCAAAAUCAGACAUGAAAAGACUUGACUGUGCACCCCAAAGACACAGAAGAGCUCUUUGUACUCAGGCUUGUUCUGCUCCAUGCCAUUUCUAAUCUCGGGCAGAAGGGAAGAGAGCUGCUCCUCUUAUCUUAGAUGACAUGGAGGCUUUGCUCCCUCUCUCUGGAGCUCUCUCAUCUUGUUCUUCUGAAACCUAACCCUCUUUCAUGCUUUCUCCUUGUGGUGGUUGUGGUGGCAAAGCGAUACGCUGAGUGAGACUGGCUGAAUUUUGUUUAGGUUAUUCCGUCUGAAAGCUGUUACAUGAUAAGUGAGAGUAAAGAAGCCGGGUUUUACCUUCCCGGGAUGGUUUUUUUUCCAUCACUUCUUUUGGACCUUAGCUUUGUCAUUAUUUUUUAAUCGGCUCUCUGAAGCAUGGCAGUAUUGAGAGCCGUUUGAAUGUGGAAGACUGGGGUUUAUCAAGUGUAGGUUUCUCUACUUUCCCUUCUAGAAGGGUGGCCUUGUGAAUGUCUGUCUCCCAGCCAACCCAAGGCUUUUUCUGAGAAACAAUAUUUGGGCUAUCUGAAAAGUUGUUUUCAGAGCUCUUCAGCUUACACAAAAGAUAGUGCUAUGUGGAUGCAGUCGGAGAGAUGGAUGCAGCCAAUUUCUCCUGGAGAGCACUUUUACUAAAGCAACAAAAGAACCCCCUAUGGCUCCAACCCUUUCACUAAUAGAUCCCUAUUAAAACCAAACAGUAAUUUUUAACUUAGAGAAAUUUAGUUUUAUUUAUUUAUUUAUUUUGGUUGUUUUGUGUCAUCACAAUGUGGUGUUUGUGGGCUGUGCAGACCAGUGCGCCCAACACAACAAACUGGCAGGUUGUAAAUUCAAUUGCAGUCAACCUAAUCACUAUCCCGUGAGUGCUCAUAAUAUCUUCUUGUAAUAUCUAAUAUAUUUAGUUAUUUUCUUGUUUGCACGAUAAUUACAGAAACAUGAAGUGCGACAUGUGACCGCGUGGUAAAUACAUGAGAUGGAGCCUGCAGACCAGCCAUUAGAUACAAAGUGAUGCGCAGCAAGCAAACAGCUUCCAGUGUGGACGGGGCUUUACGUUGCAUACCUUUAAUACUUGAUCAAAUUUAAACUGGAUGAAUAAGAAAAUCACCCCAGAAGGUUUUUUUUACAGUGGAAUAUUAGCUAGCAUAGGUGUCAGGAGUUGACUCGCUUUUGAAAGCAGCUCCUGGUGGCCAAUUGAUGAACUGCAUUUUAUAAUUUUGGGGGUUGUCACUCAUUGCAACAUCAGUCAGUUGAUUGUAAAAUGUUGUAAUCAAGAACAAAGCUAGCGUGACUGUUUCAUGUCAUUGUGUGUAAGACAAACAAAAGGCAAGCAACAAAAGGGGGAAUCAAUAAUGCAGCUUUGUUUUGAGUUGCUUCUCUAAAGAUUGGCGAAAGACUGAAAAACAAUCAAUAAAGCGAUUAGUGGUGUGGUACCAAAACCUUUAACUUCUCUGCAAGUCUAACAACCAUGACAUCCGCUUUCCUCACGGACGCCUCCGUUUGUUGUAAGUUGUGGCAAAAGGUGCACUGAGGUGACACAACAAGUCACGGCUUUUAAAAACGUUUAGAGAAGGCGUACUUUAUCCGAUGCAUGAAAAGCAGCGUAUCCUUAUAACAUCCCGCAUAUCACAACAGAACCAAAGUCUGGCAACAUGCAGAACAUAGCUGUAUCCAAUCUAUUUAAACAGCAGGUCUGGGCCAUUGUGACGGGUGCCCAAAGGGACCUGUUCUCCAGACGUCCACCAACACAGACAGAGGCCCUUCCAUAAGUCCUAUAGGUUCAAUUUGUUCUGCCAAUUAUUAUCCUCUGCUCUGCCACAGUGAUGGAAGGUGUUGUUCAGUGUGCCUGAAUGCCACCCUCUCCAACAAAGAGGGAGCCCCUGCCUUUUUUCCGGGGGUCCAGUCAAGCAUUCGCUAACAGAUUGGCCGGGGCGCUAACCAGUCAGGUCUUCAAAGAGACAAAGACGACGGGGAGGGCAGCAAAGGAGGGGAGAGGGGUCGGUGGUGAAGAAGAAUGACCUGCCAAAUGAGAAAGAAGACAUAUUGAAAGGGACAGAGUGGGAGAGAGAAAAAACAUAUUGAACCGAUGGAGAAGUGCAACCUUUUGACCAUCUGGCUCAGUGGGUGACAACAGCCUUCAUCUGUAUUUUUAGAGCUGUACAACACACCAAAUUACUCUGUCAGGAAGAUUAAGGAGAGUCAAAGGGCUGUCGAGUGGAAAAAAAAAGAGCAAAGUUGUCCCAGAGGGAACAGUGAAUAAACUUUGCUCCAUCACUUUACUUUGUCUGUAAAUACAAUAUGUAAACAGUUCAAACUGUCUAAUGAAAGAGGAAAAUAGGAAGCCAAGUAGCUGCCUAGAACACUUUCUGUGCAAUAUAUUCUCAUUUCUGUUUAAACAUGGUUGAGUACAUCUCCAAUAUGAUUUCACUUUCGCUGUCCUCCUCCUGAGGAGAAAUAUGCAAGAGACUCGACUCCGAGAACCUCUGCAUUAAUUCCAUGAUUGCUUAAAUGAAACGCUCCUAUUUUCUCUCUGUCGGCGCUAAACAGGGAUCAGAUCUCCGUGACCAUGACUAAUCUUCCGCUGCGCUUAUUGUGUGUAUUGGUGUGCGCCCGAUUUUUUUCUGGCUCUUUUUGCCAAUUUGGAAAACUAAUUGCUUUGAUUCUGACCGCGCGAGCAGCGGAAUAUAAUGCAGUGUAAAGCUUCAUCUUUCAUGCCCAUAAAUCCCUCUACAGAUCCAGCGGUGUACAACACCGGCUCAUUAAAAUGCAUUAGGGCAGGUUUGCCGGCAUUUUCCUCUUUGUCCUCCAUCCUUUUUCUGCUUCUAGUCGGUGAUCUUGCACCCCUGGCAGUUGCCACACUCAGCCCAUGUUGUUCCACUCCACACUGGCCACUUUAUUCACUUGCAAAUACCCCGAAAUGAAAUGGGUUGCACGCCCCUCCACAGCAUACUAUCUACCACCUACCUCAUGCCUCUCUCAUCUCAUUCCUUCAUCCUUUGCUUGCUUGAUUUUGCACCCCCUCCCGCUGUAAUUUCACCCCUGUCCUGCUCUCAGAGCCCCCACCGCUCCCGUCCUCUUUCUCCACCUCUUCUUUACCCACUGACCAAGGUUGUAGAUUGCUGGAUUACGCUGGAGCCGGGGGGAGGUCGUCCCACUGAUUGUAAAGAGAGGGACAAUUGGUCCUUUAGUCUGAUUGGGUUCCCAGAUAAGCAACACCCGGGAUGAGAGUGUGCAGACAGGCAUGAGAGGCAGAAAGCAGUGGAGACGGAGUACACAGGCAGCACCAGAAGAUCUAUAUUUAUUUAUAUAUACGGAUGGAGAGAAGGGAAACUUUACAAAGAGGCCAGUGAGAGACGGAGUGUGGACUCAGGGUGACUUUAGGGAAGCUGAUUCACUGCAGGCAAAAGCUCUCACAACUUUUACAAGGCAAAUUUAGCAAGCGCGCAGGGAAAAGAAGAACAAAGAGAUAAAAGGAGGAGAAAAACGAGCAGAAGGAGGAAUAAAGUUAAAAAGCAGCCACAAAGACGGGACCCAGGAAAUAGCUCCACUUGUCAAGAAAAAGGGAAAAGUCUUUUCAAAUACUACUCCGUGUUUCACGAUGGGAGACCGAGUGCAUCUUCCAGCAGUUGCAUGGACCUUGCUCCCCGUGGCUCUUGGCAUUUUGACCCUUCUGCCUCAUAGCCUUCUGGGUACGCCGGCAGAGGAGGAACAUGUAGGGAGCUCAGCACUGCUGCAACGGGCAAAGCGAAGCUGGGUGUGGAAUCAGUUCUUUGUCCUGGAGGAGUAUACUGGACUGGAACCACUUUAUAUUGGAAAGCUCCACUCAGACAUGGACAAAGGUGAUGGCUCCAUUAAGUACAUCCUCACGGGGGAAGGGGCGGGAACCACGUUCACCAUCGAUGACAGCACGGGGGACAUCCACGCAAUCCAGAGGCUGGACCGAGAGGUGAAGGCUCAGUACAUACUCCGUGCACAGGCCCGCAACCGCCUCACGGACAGGCCCCUAGAGCCCGAGUCCGAGUUCAUCGUCAAGAUCCAGGACAUCAACGACAACGAGCCGAGAUUUCUAGAUGGCCCAUACCAGGCGACUGUGCCUGAGAUGUCCAAAAUAGGAACAUCUGUGAUCCAGCUGACCGCUACAGAUGCUGACGACCCCACAUAUGGCAACAGCGCACGUGUGGUCUACAGCAUCCUGGAGGGCCAGCCUUAUUUCUCUGUAGAUGCCAAGACUGGCGUGGUCCGUGUGUCCCUGGCAGACAUGGACCGCGAGACCAGAGAAAACUACACUGUGGUCAUCCAGGCGAAGGACAUGGGCGGGCAGCUGGGGGGGCUAGCCGGCACCACUACUGUCAACAUCACGCUCAGCGACAUCAACGACAACCCGCCCAUGUUUGACCAAAGGCUGUACCAGAUGAGUAUUCCUGAGUCGGCUCCUGUGGGGUCGGUGGUGGGACGCAUCUGGGCGAAGGACAGGGACAUUGGGGUCAAUGCUGAGAUGAAGUACAGCAUCAUCGAUGGGGAUGGAAGGGACACCUUUGACAUCAGCACCGACCCUACAAACCUCUUUGGCAUCAUCACAGUGAAAAAGCCGCUAAACUUUGAGAUCAAGCCAAGCUACACUCUAAAGGUGGAGGGAGCCAACACCCACUUGGAUCCGGCCUUUCGCCACCGCGGGCCCUUCAAGGACGUCACCAUCGUGCACGUGAGCAUAGAGGACGUGGACGAGCCCCCGCUGUUCGACUCGCCGGCGUACUACGUCGAGCUGCCAGAGGACGCAGAGAUCGGGACUAUGGUGAAGACCGUGUCAGCGAGGGAUCCGGAUGCUGCCAACAACACUGUGAGGUACUCCAUUGACAGAUCCAGUGACCCCGACAAGUACUUCUACAUCGAAAUCACCUCCGGGUCACUGAUGACGGUGCGCUCGCUAGACCGAGAGGAAGUCGGCUGGCACAACAUCACCAUCCUCGCCAUGGAGAUGAAUAACCCCACACAGAUCGCAAGUGUGUCGGUGGCUGUGAGGGUCCUGGAUGUGAAUGAUAAUCCUCCGUCGCUGAUGCACUACCUGGAGGCGUAUGUGUGUGAAAAUGCCAAAGCAGGGCAGCUGAUCCAGACCGUGACAGCAGUAGAUCCAGACGAGCCGCUUGGUGGGCAGCACUUCUACUACAGCUUGGCUCCAGAGGCCGUCAACAACCCUAACUUCACCCUGAAAGAUAACCAAGACAACACAGCGUGGAUCCUGACUCGCCGUGGCGGUUGGUCACAGCAAGACCAGACCGUCUUCUAUUUGCCCAUUUUCAUCUCGGACAGUGAGCAGCCGGUUCAGAGUAGCACCAGCACGCUGACUAUACGUGUGUGUAGCUGCGACCAGGAGGGCAACGUCAUGUCAUGCAACGCUGAGGCCUACAGCCUGCCCGCCAGCCUCAGCAGGGGGGCUCUGAUCGCCAUCCUGGCCUGCAUUUUCGUCUUGCUGGUGAUGAUCCUGCUCAUGCUUUCCCUGCGGACCCAUCGUAAGAAGCCCUACCUGUGUGACGAGGAGGAGAACGUGCAUGAGAACAUCGUGCGCUAUGACGAUGAAGGCGGUGGCGAGGAGGACACCGAAGCCUUCGACAUCGCCGCCAUGUGGAACCCUCGUGAGGCGCACCACCAUCCGGGCAAGAUGAGACAGGACAUGCUGCCGGAGAUUGAAAGCCUGUCCCGAUACGUCCCUCAGGCAUGUGUCAUGGGCGGCGGCAGCGGGGACAGCAAUGUUCACGGAUACGUGCUGGCGAAGCUCCUGGAAGCCGACAUGGACCCGUGCGCCCCGCCUUACGACUCCCUGCAGACGUACGCUUACGAGGGGGAAGGCUCUGUCGCGGAGUCCCUCAGCUCGUUGCAAUCUGGAACCUCAAACACCGACCAUGAGUAUGACUACCUGAAUGACUGGGGGCCUCGCUUUAAAAAACUUGCUGAGAUGUACGGCGUGCUGGAGACAAACAGUCCUCCACUGUGGUAGGACGACAGGGCCUUUUCCUUUACAAACGGACGUAUGAAAAUAUUUUUUUUUUAAAAGAGACUGAAACAACCAAGAAGUGACAACAACAAAGCUGAGAUGUACUCAUGGCCACAUCCAUGACUGUUAGAAAUCAAAAUCCUGCCGAAGCCUCUAUUCUCCACAGCCUUGAAGGCCUGCAGCAGGUUUUAAAUCUACCCCAGAGACGGGCUUCAGAGGCAGGCCAAAUCUGGCAGCCUCUUGGGGGCCAAGCUGAGGAACGGCUUCAAAGCACACACCAACUUCAACUGCCUGACCCAGCCACAGGCAGAGCCCCUUCGAUUCAAGACGCCGAGCAAUUUAUGCCAGAGAUGGGCUUGAAGAAUCAAAGCGAGGAGUCGUUGCUGCAGUCGUAUUUUUGUUCCAUCCGUGGCAGGUCUUAAUUUAUUUCUUUGUUCCACUUGCUGUAUUUAUAUGUUCUGCUAAGUUAUUUGGGUCCUUCAAGCCGAGACUGUACUUUAAGCCUCUGCCAUGCGAGGAAAUCUUCAAAAGAUCACGCAUACGUUGUAACAUACAUGAUGUAACUGCCUUUGUUUUCAAUCCGUGUGAGAAGCUGCAUCUCUAAAUGUCACAUGACGUGCUGCGGAGACGGCGAUGUCGUAGUCCCAUGUGGGGUUUCAGAGUUAAUAUGUUUACUGUAUUAUUGUUUUUGUACCAUUUUUAAGCUCUUUGUAUUGUAACUCCAAAACAUAAAGCAGGUAUCCAUUCAUUAGGAUGAGAGGGAAGCAUUUUAUUAAAAAAAUGAAAUAAAAUCUUGGAUUUGUCUUAGUGGAUGUUUGAAUCUCAUCUGAGACAUGUGGCACAGCGGAAAGGACUACACGUGGACAAACGCCCGACCGAGUCGCCUUUCAUUUUGGAUCCACCGCCGUGCCAGCCGGAGUCUGGUGGCAACGAGGCUUGAUCUGUCCUGUUAGAGAUACCGUGUUGCUUUUCUGUCCCCACACAAAUGUGGCUUAAUCCUCCGAUCCUGUGGACUACAGAGACAUUGAGAACCUGCAUCAAGUGCCAACUGUAAAAAGGACAAAUGAAAGACAUGUUAGAAGAAGGAAAGAAUAAAAAAAAAAAACGUAAAUCACACACAAACACCAAAAGGAUUUUCCAAACUGGGAGAGAUGUGGAGGUAGAUUUUGAUAAUUCAAUUGGAUGGAGUUUACUUGAAAUCUAUGUUGUGAGUCAUGCUACAGUAAGUGGUAUGUGAAUGUAGAUAUAUUUUGUAUUCUUGGUAAUAAAAAGUCAAAAAUGGGUGUUGCCUGCCUUCUGGUCUUCAUGUUUCUUUGUUUCUGUGCACUGAGGCUCAGUGGGUAAUUCUGACUUGCACAAUCUCCCAUUAUGCAGUGCAGAGUCCAAUAAAUGAAGAGUUGCAUGACUAAAGGCAGGACGUUCUGUCUAGUCUCUGCAAGUCCUGGUCUGGACUCUUCCAUGUGCACAUUUGAAAAGAAAACCUGUGGAACAAACAAGUGUCAGCUAAUCUUUCAUGAGUCUCUUAAAAAACGGUGGAAGUAUCCACCAUGAUGUCAUUCACUGGUGUGUCAAGUCCCAUUCUGAACAUCUGACAUCACCAUCUUAGCUCUUUUAAAAGGGGCGUAUCAAAUGAGGGCUGUCUUUUUCUCCUAAAUAUCCCACUUUUUUCACAAAGUUGCCUGCGUCUCCCUUGGGAAAUUGCCACUCUUCUCAUUUUCUAGUUAGGUUCAAAUUU